AUGGCCAGUGCAAAGUCCUUGCUGUCUGCAAGCAUAAGUCCCACCCCAGAUUCUGGCAACACUGACGUGGAACAUGACUGUUGGUUUAACGAGGAUUUCAAGUUCAUCUUGCUUCCUGUGAGCUAUGCAGUUGUGUUUGUGUUGGGCCUAGUUCUCAAUGCCCCAGCACUCUGGCUCUUCCUCUUUCGUCUCCGACCCUGGGAUGCAACAGCCACUUAUAUGUUCCAUUUGGCCUUAUCAGACACUUUGUAUGUGUUGUCAUUGCCCACUCUCAUUUAUUAUUAUGCAGCCCAAAAUCACUGGCCCUUUGGCACUGGGGUAUGCAAGUUUAUUCGCUUUCUAUUCUAUUGGAACCUCUACAACAGUGUUAUUUUCCUCACCUGCAUCAGUGUGCACCGCUACUUGGGCAUCUGCCACCCACUGAGGGCACUGCGCUGGGGACGUCCACGCCUGGCAAGUCUUCUCUGCCUGGGAGUUUGGUUGGUAGUAGCUGGCUGUCUUGUACCUAACCUGUUCUUUGUAACAACCAGUACCAAAAAUAAUACCAUCCUGUGUCAUGAUACCACUCGGCCAGAAGAAUUUGACCACUAUGUUCACUUCAGCUCAGCCAUAAUGGGGCUGCUUUUUGGUGUGCCCUGCCUGGUGAUUCUUAUCUGUUAUGGGCGCAUGGCUCAGCGCCUGUAUCAGCCGUUGCCAGGGGCUGCUCAGUCGUCUUCUCGUCUUCGAUCUCUCCGCACCAUUGCUGUGGUCCUGACUGUCUUUGCAAUCUGCUUUGUGCCUUUCCACAUCACCCGCACCAUUUACUAUGUGGCAAGGCUGUUGGAAGCUGACUGCCGAGUGUUGAACAUUGUCAAUGUGGUAUAUAAGGUGACUCGACCUCUAGCCAGUGCCAAUAGCUGCCUGGAUCCUGUGCUCUACCUGCUCACGGGGGAUAAAUAUCGACGUCAACUCAGUCUUCUUUGUUGUGGUGGUGUGACCCAGCCACCGAAAGCGGCUUCUUCUCUGGCACUUGUGUCUCGACCUGAUGAUAGCAGCUGCAGAUGGUCAACUCCUCCACACGACAGCAAUUGUUCUACCCCUGAGAUAAAUAAACCAUAG